CAAGCCGCCACCCACAUGACAUUCCUGCCUUGCCCCGAACCAAGGGAACCUCAGCAGAAGGAAUGAACUACAUUUCCCGUCGUUCCCAUCCUUUUAACCUCCGCGAGUCGCGCAUGCGCACCGUCGGGGCCUGACUUCUUAGUUCGCCGUUGAAUCUUUGUCGGUGGGUGGUUGUGGGAGGGGAAGGGAAAGAGAGGAGACGGACGAGUUAGCGGUAGCGCGCGUGCGACGGCAGUAGGAGCAGCGAAGGGGAACGAGUGAGCACGUCAGGGAGUGUUUUAACCGCCGCCAUUUCUGUCAGCCCGGACUCAUGAUUCCCAUAUGCCCAGUAGUCUCUUUCACCUAUGUGCCCAGCCGGCUGGGGGAAGAUGCCAAAAUGGCCACCGGCAACUACUUCGGAUUCACCCACACCGGGGCUGCUGCCCAGUAUAGCCAGCAGCCAGCUUCAGGUGUAGCCUAUUCUCAUCCAACCACAGUUGCAAGCUACACUGUCCAUCAGGCUCCUGUAGCAGCGCACACAGUUACUGCUGCCUAUGCCCCAGCAGCAGCAACAGUUGCAGUAGCAAGACCUGCUCCAGUGGCUGUUGCAGCUGCUGCAACAGCGGCAGCCUAUGGAGGUUACCCUACAGCACAUACAGCAACAGACUAUGGUUACACACAGAGACAACAAGAAGCUCCCCCUCCACCACCUCCAGUCACUACACAAAAUUACCAGGAUUCUUAUUCAUAUGUUAGAUCUACUGCGCCAGCUGUGGCUUAUGACAGCAAGCAAUAUUAUCAGCAACCCACAGCCACUGCAGCUGCAGUUGCAGCUGCUGCCCAGCCACAGCCUUCUGUGGCAGAAUCGUAUUAUCAAACAGCUCCAAAAGCUGGCUAUAGCCAAGGAGCAACUCAGUAUACUCAAGCCCAGCAAACUCGACAAGUGACAGCCAUAAAACCAGCCACUCCUAGCCCAGCUACCACUACAUUCUCCAUAUAUCCUGUAUCUUCCACUGUGCAACCAGUUGCAGCUGCAGCUACCGUUGUUCCCUCAUACACUCAAAGUGCUACAUACAGUACAACAGCAGUUACUUACUCUGGUACAUCUUACUCUGGCUAUGAGGCUGCAGUGUAUUCAGCUGCAUCAUCUUACUAUCAACAGCAGCAGCAGCAGCAGAAACAGGCAGCGGCAGCAGCUGCUGCUGCUGCUGCAACAGCCGCCUGGACAGGGACCACCUUUACUAAAAAGGCACCAUUCCAAAAUAAACAGUUGAAACCAAAACAACCUCCCAAACCACCCCAGAUCCACUAUUGUGAUGUUUGUAAGAUCAGCUGUGCUGGACCGCAGACAUACAAAGAACAUUUGGAGGGACAGAAACAUAAAAAAAAAGAAGCAGCAUUGAAAGCAUCACAGAACGCAACCAGCAACAGUUCAUCUGCUCGUGGGACUCAGAACCAGCUGCGCUGUGAGCUCUGUGAUGUGUCUUGCACAGGAGCUGAUGCCUAUGCUGCUCAUAUUCGUGGAGCUAAGCAUCAAAAAGUGGUUAAGCUGCAUACUAAACUUGGCAAACCCAUUCCUUCAACUGAACCAAACGUUGUUACCCAAGCUACAUCUGCAACAUCUGCUUCCAAACCAACUGCUGUCUCUUCAAAUAUUGCAACUAGCAACAGCACUGUGAAUUCGUCUGUUACAUCUUUGGCAGUGAAAAUUCUUACUCCCUCUGCCAAUGUGCUGCUUAGUACAACAUCCAACAACAAAGCAACAGUAGUUCCAGCUAAUGUUGCUGUGAAGAAAAUAUCUACACCCAAAAUUAACUUUGUUGGUGGCAAUAAGCUACAGACAACAGGAAGCAAAGUGGAUGAAUUAAAAACAAUAGAAAAUAUCAAGACUACUUCUUCUAUUGCUGCCGUGCAAACCCAGGAAAUUAAACCAGAUACGUCUACUGAAUCUGUAACUACUACAGCUCUUGCUGCUUUGCAAAGUGAGGUCCAGCCAGUGGGUCAUGACUAUGUGGAAGAGGUACGGAAUGAUGAAGGGAAGGUUAUUCGUUUUCAUUGCAAACUUUGUGAAUGCAGCUUUAAUGAUCCUAAUGCCAAGGAGAUGCAUCUAAAGGGAAGGCGGCAUAGAUUACAAUAUAAGAAAAAAGUAAACCCAGACUUGCAAGUAGAAGUGAAGCCUAGCAUCCGGGCAAGGAAGAUACAAGAAGAAAAGAUGAGAAAGCAGAUGCAGAAAGAGGAAUAUUGGAGAAGGCGUGAAGAAGAAGAGCGGUGGAGAAUGGAAAUGAGACGCUAUGAAGAGGACAUGUACUGGAGGAGGAUGGAAGAAGAACAACAUCAUUGGGAUGACCGCCACAGAAUACCUGAUGGAGGAUAUCCUCAUGGACCUCCAGGCCCGCUUGGACUACUUGGUGUACGACCAGGAAUGCCGCCACAGCCCCAGGGACCAACACCUCUGCGUCGACCAGAUUCAUCAGAUGACCGUUACGUAAUGACCAAACAUGCUGCUAUCUAUCCAACUGAAGAAGAACUCCAGGCAGUACAAAAAAUAGUUUCUAUCACUGAGCGUGCACUAAAACUUGUAUCUGAUAAUAUGACCGACAAUGAAAAAAACAAGAGCAAGGAAGGAGAUGAUAAAAAAGAGGGCAGUAAAGAUAGAGCUUUGAAAGGAGUCUUACGAGUAGGAGUGUUGGCUAAGGGUUUGCUUCUUCGAGGAGACCGAAAUGUCAACCUUGUCUUACUAUGUGCCGAGAAACCUACUAAGACAUUGCUGAGUCGCAUUGCUGAAAGUCUGCCCAAGCAACUUGCUGUAAUAAGCCCUGAGAAAUAUGAAAUAAAGUGUGCUGUACAAGAAGCAGCCAUCAUUUUGAAUUCAUGUGUGGAACCGAAAAUGCAAGUGACCAUCACAUUGACAUCGCCAGUGAUUCGGGAAGAGAACAUGAGGGAUGGAGAUGUAACCUCGGGUAUGGUGAAAGAUCCACCGGACGUCUUGGACAGGCAAAAAUGCCUUGACGCUCUGGCUGCUCUACGCCACGCUAAGUGGUUCCAGGCUAGAGCUAAUGGUCUGCAGUCGUGUGUCAUAAUCAUACGUAUUCUUCGUGAUCUUUGUCAGAGAGUUCCCACUUGGUCUGACUUUCCAAGCUGGGCAAUGGAAUUAUUAGUAGAGAAGGCAAUUAGCAGUGCUACUGGACCACAAAGCCCUGGGGAUGCCUUAAGAAGAGUGUUUGAGUGUAUAUCUUCAGGAAUUAUCCUUAAAGGAGGUCCUGGCCUUUUGGACCCAUGUGAAAAAGAUCCUUUUGAUACACUUGCUUUAAUGACAGAUCAGCAACGAGAAGACAUUACUUCAAGUGCACAGUUUGCGUUGAGACUUCUUGCAUUCCGUCAAAUACACAAAGUUUUAGGAAUGGAUCCCUUGCCCCAGAUGAACCAGCGCUUCAAUAUCCACAACAAUCGUAAAAGAAGGAGGGACAGUGAUGGAGUUGAUGGAUUUGAAGCCGAGGGGAAAAAAGACAAGAAAGACUAUGAUAACUUUUAAAAAACAAAAAGGUGUGUUCAGUGUUAACACAGGUGGUAAUGGAGGCCAUUUGUUCUCUAAUUUUUUUAAAUGUCUAUUUAAAUACAUCCAAAAAAGUUAG